CUCUUAAACAAAAGAAUACCAACCCUAAUAACACAAACUCAAAGCACACAGUCUGCUGUGUUUCCCUGCCGCGACUAUUCGUUGCUUCCGCCUCCAACUUCCGUCGCAGCUUAAGCACCGUGCGGUGCUCCUCCGUCUGCGGCAGUCUUCUUGGUUUUCAACUAUAUAAUGGGAAAGAAGAGAAAGCACAGUGAAGCAGAGGCAUUGGCGACAACUAUUGAAAAGAAAGAUGACGCGGCUCCUGAGAGACCUAAGCGAACUCUACUCGGCUGGAAAGACAAAUCGGAAAAGAAAGAAACCGAACCUGAACAGCAGGAGCAGGGUUUUAGAAAUAAAGAAAAGGUUUUGGUGACUUGCUCUCGCCGUAUCAAUUACAGGUAUCGGCACUUGAUGUUGAAUGUAGUGUCACUUUUGCCUCAUUGUAAGAAGGAUAAUAAGGUUGAAUCCAAGGGUAGUAAAGGCACCACUCUUAAUGAAUUGGUUGAGCUCAAGAGCUGUUCUUCCGGUUUAUUCUUCGAGUGUAGGAAACAUAAAGAUCUGUAUUUAUGGAUGGCCAAGUGCCCUAGUGGUCCUUCAGUGAAAUUUAUGGUUAAUGCUGUGCACACAAUGGAAGAACUAAAGCUCACAGGAAAUCAUUUAAAAGCUUCAAGGCCUCUCCUAACUUUCUCUGCUAAUUUUGAUAAAGAUGCUCAUUGGAAACUCUUGAAGGAGAUGCUACUGCAGAUUUUUGGAACACCUAAGGAUCAUCGAAAAUCUAAGCCUUAUCACGAUCAUGUCUUUGUGUUCUCCAUUGUUGACGAUCAUAUUUGGUUCCGUAAUUAUCAGAUAUCUGUUCCUCAUAAUGAAUCAGAUAAAGUGAUCCGAGGAGGCUUGGAAAAGAUGACCCUUGUUGAGGUUGGUCCGAGGUUUUGUUUGAAUCCUAUCAAGAUAUUUGGUGGAAGCUUUGGUGGCCCAACACUCUAUGAGAAUCCAUUCUACAUAUCUCCUAACCAGAUUCGAGCGAUGGAGAAAAGAAAGAAGGCUGGGAAGUUUGAGAAGAAAGUCAAAGCGAAGACGAGAAGGAAAAUGCAUGAGAUGUCAAAUCCUCUGGAACCUGAUGAAUUUGCAGAAAUGUGGAGGGAAUAACUUUUCUUGUGCCAAUUUUGCCUUGUAUGAUCGAUUGAUGAAGUAAGUGAUAUAUGGGGUGUUCUUACCUUCAUGAUUUCAUAAGUCCUUCCCCACUUUGUAUUCCAAUUUAAUUGGAUUUUUUUGGUUUUGUUUCUGAAAACUGGUAGUUAAAUUGGAACUUCUACAAGCAACAAAGUCUGAAUUUUGUAGUUUGGGAUUUCCUUACAAAGAUCUUGUUUCUGAUUCAA